AGGUUGGGUCAUUAAAGAGACUGAUAGACAGGAAAUUCAAAAUAAGAAGUAGGACAGUGAGCAACCGACAACCUGUUAAUACAGCCAGCUGAUUUGAUCUUAAGCUGAUCGAUCCAUCACUGAUAGAACCGAUUAAAUUAUGCUUUCUCAUAAAUUCCCAGAUGAAAGGACAGACUCGGUAAAAUCCACUGAAGUGUCUUACACGAGCUCACAUGGAAGUGAUCCUGGAAAUAGCAACGUUAAAAUAACUUCACAAAGCUACCAAGGAUAUCAAAACGGACAAUCUCCGAGACGAGAGACAACCUACGAUGAUGAUGAUGAUAAAUAUGAUGAAGACAGAGAUGAGACAAAACCUCUUAUUGAAUCUAAUCUAAAGGCUGAAAUAACGGACUGCUUUCCUACUCGCUAUGUUAUCUGUACCAUGGGAUACAUUGGGUUUGUUCUGGUAUAUUGCUUGCGUGUUACGGUAAGCAUAGGGGUGGCGGCCAUGGUGAACUCGUCCACGCCUCGUGCCUUGGAUGACAAUACGAGCGGUGAAUACUGUUCAGAUCGAGGAGGUAUUAAUAGCACUAGGCAAGAUGAGGAUAUUGGUGAGUUCGACUGGGACAGCGAAACACAAGAGUUUAUCCUGGCCGGAUUCUUCUAUGGCUAUAUGUUCACUCAGUUGCUUGGCGGAUGGCUCGCAGACAAAUUUGGCGGGAAAUUUAUUUUCGCAUUGGGCGUGCUGUGUACGAGUCUCUGUUCUCUGGUCUUCCCCGUCGCUUCCUACGCAGGACCUGGCGUCGUGUUUGCGACGAGAGUUAUUUCGGGCCUGGGAGAGGGAUUUACAUUUCCAGCCAUGUUUUCACUGUUCAGUAAUUGGGUGCACCAGGAAGAGCGAGGUAGAUUAGCCGUUGUUACCUUCUCAGGUUCGUGUCUUGGUAAUAUCCUCGGUCAGGCAAUUUCCGGAGUGACUGCAUCCACUGGUGUCUUGGGAGGAUGGCCAUUGCCAUUUUAUAUAUUCGGAAGCAUAGGACUUGUCUGGUUUGUAGCUUGGUUAUUUCUCGCAUACAAUACCCCUGCAGAGCACCCAAGAAUUUCUCUGGCUGAACGAAAGUAUAUCGAAUCAGGGGUAUCAAUAAAAAAGACUGCUAAAGUGAGAGUUCCAUGGAAUAAGAUUUUGACAUCCAUGCCGGUUUGGGCUCAGGUGAUCGCUCACAUGACUGCGUGCUGGGGCUACUUCACACUCCUAACGAAUUUACCAAUCUACAUGAAUGAUGUACUCAGAUAUGACUUAACUAUGGCUGGUAUAUUAUCGGCUGUACCGUACGCAGUGCAAUGGGCAUCUAUGGUAAUAGGGGGGCAGCUAUCUGAUCAUCUUAUCAACACUGCAUUCAUGUCAAGAACAGGCAUUAGAAAACUCUUCGUGACAACAGGACUUUUCGCAUAUGGGGUCACGCAGGUUCUAGUUGCUGUUGUAGGCUGCAAUGGCGCCCUCUCUGUUACAUUCAUUUCUCUUGGACUUGGAGUAGUUGGCGUCGCGUUCUCGGGAUACCUCCCGAAUACAUUAGAUCUCGCUCCCGCCUAUUCGGGCAGCAUCGGAGGCCUGGUGCAGAGUGCUGGACCAAUCUCGGGCAUCCUUGGUCCAUAUCUUGUCGGAGUGUUCACAGAAGACCAGAGAAACUUAGAGGGAUGGCAGUAUGUAUUCUACAUUUCCUUUGGAGUCACUACUUUUGGAGCCAUUUUUUACCUCAUCUUUGCAUCCGGAGAGGAACAAACCUGGGCAUCAAAAAACACUCAAACACAUGAACACGAUGAGAGCGAUUAUGAUAAAAUUUGAAUCAUGCGAUACGGAGAACUGAAUAACAGGUUCCUGAUCGACCAUUAUCAUUCUCAGCUUUGGAAAUUCAUCAAUGUCAUAGAUACGGAGGAGAUAGUCACGGGUCCUCGUUUUGAAAUAGUGAUAGAUUCGACCAAAUCAGUCUCGAAUCCAUUACCUGAAGAAGAUCAUCAUGCAUGUCAUGGGUACUGAUUAGUAAAGAGUAUUGAGUGUCCGAUCCGUCUCAGCUAUGCAUAUCCAUCUAUGUCAUCUUUGAUGUAGAGAAGAUCGUCGGAUGUUCCGUUUUACAAAGAAGACCCCACUCAAGACAAUCUAAAAUAGACUAUCACUUUCGUAUUUACUACGGAGAAGAUUUCCCAGGGGACCGUUUCAUGAAAUGAUUUGUCGGACGUUGUCGACAAAUCCUGUUUCAUCAGAUAGUUACCAUAGUAACAAGUGUCUCUCAGUAUCGGUCUUUUAAAGAGUAAUGAUCGAUCCGACCCAACCAGUCCCAAAUCUAUCAAUGUCAUAUAUCAAUGUGGAGCGUUGUGGCCCAGUGGACGA